UAGGGCCCGCCGGGAGUUGUAGUCCGGGCCGGAUGAGGUGGGACGCGCUGAACAGAAGGCUUCGUUGGGCGGCGGCGGCGGCGCCUCGGCGCCUCCUAGACCCCCGGACGCCCCCCUGGGCCGCCGCCGCCUCGCCUUCGCCGUCCUCGUCCUCGUCCCCGCCUCCGGCGUCCUGCUGGAGCUGCGGCCUGGCUCUGCCGCCUGCCUCGCCUUCGCCGUCGCGCUUCUUCUGCCCUUCGUGCCGGGCGCUGCAGCCCCCCGAGCCCCGCGCCGACUUCUUCCGCCUCCUGGGAUGCGAGCGCGGCUUCCAGGUGGACGUGGGCCUCGUCCAGCAGCGCUUCCGGAGCCUGCAGCGAGCGCUGCACCCCGACUUCUUCAGCCAGAGACCUCAGGCGGAGCAGAAUUUUUCCAAGCAACACUCUUCUCUGGCUAACAAAGCCUACCGGACGCUCCUGAGCCCCCUGAGCCGUGGGCUGUACCUGCUGGAGUUGAAUGGAGUGGAGCUGGAGAAAGGAACAGACCCUGAGGCAGACCCUGAGUUUCUCUCAGAAAUCAUGGAAAUUAACGAGAAACUGUCAGAUGCAAACAAUGAUGCUAAAAUAGAAGAGAUGGAAAACUUUAUUGCAGCUAAACAAGAGGAGCUGAUUAAGGAUGUGAGCAGAGCCUUUGAACAUGAUGAUCUUCAGGAAGCCAAAAAACAUCUAGCCAAAAUGAAAUAUUUUGCAAACCUCGAAGAAAAGCUGAAGGAGAAGAAAAUCCCUUCUUGACUUCACAGUAUUACCUAGGAUGAGUGGUUCCCAUCUGAAUGUUUGAUAGGCAACUCAAAGCAAUGAGGCCACAGUGCAGUGCAUCCUUUGGCAUGACAUGGAAGAGAAUGGGCAUGGAUCCCUGCUCCUCAACCUGUGGAAAACAUCUCACUGCUCCAUUGUCAAGAUGCUCUCCGAUAAACACUUGAGUGCAGAGACCCUGCUUUGGAUGAGGCCAUACUUAGGAGCUGCCAAAUUUAACCCUGCUUAUGUCUGGGAAAUACAUGUUAUGUGUUGUUUUGAGCUCCCAAGUUUAUAAAUCAAAAUAAAUGUGUGGCCUCUGG